AUGAAAUUUUUCCAAAUUAAGGCUCUGAUACAGAACUCUUUUAGUGAUGACAGACUCCUCGACCGCGAUGCACAGCCUCAGGAAACGGAGGAGCCCCUCGCGUUUGAUGAAUUCUCAGCUACGCAAUCUCGCAUUGUUAUGUCACAACAAACAAAUCAAUUGGCCAACAGCACAAGCGUUUUUGCCGGGGAAGCUCAAUCUGACAGCAGACGAACUCGGUCGAAGGGGAAAUCUGCUGAGAUUCUCGUGGGCGUUCAAGACAUCCGGGAUAUUGAAAAUAUAACACAUGUGGCACCUGCCGGUCUCGAGCUUGGAAACAGAUCUAUUUCCGAAAUAAUAAUACGAACAGAAGGCCCACCAUGCGGCAGUGAAGAAAUUACAUGCGUUUCACCAUCAGUGGAACCAGAAUAUUCAUCUGUUCAUGCCUCCGGAUUAUUAGUGAAACAGAUGAUAGAGAAGUUAGACAGGGAACCAGUCGAGGGAGUGUUAAUAGUCCGAGUCUGGACAGCCGCAACCUGGUGGGGAAAUUUGAUGGCGCAUGCCAAAGCCAUACAUUUCCUGCCGGAGGGAGCUGUAUAUUACCCUAAACCAUUGGCGAGUCAAUUGGAACAGACGGCACCAUCAUGGCGGUUUUUAGCAGUGUUUUAUAGCCCCUUCCGGAGCGCCACUAUAAAUAUCCAUUAUCUGAAGGUAACGGAAAUGAACGACUCAAGGCACGACUCAACAGCGGUGGAAUUGUCCAGGGAACUAUAG